GAGCGAUUCAGCCAAUAUUCGUGAGUGGCUCCUCCGGACCCCCUCGGCACGCGAGACACGUAGAUGUCCCGAAUAGGUGGACCCGCGCAAUUGUUUACCGCUGUCCAUUGACGUGGUAUCACACGCUCCGGAACAUCCUGUGUGCAUCGUCGUGAGGAACGAGCCAGUGCCUUCAGGAUGGUGGACACUGCGAGCAGUGGAUCCAGUGACUCAUCGCCACAAAUUGAAAAGGGAUGGCCAGCCUUGAAGCAACAUAUUAUAGACAAUAAAAUUAAAUUUGGAUCAUGGGUCACCAGAUUGUUCACCAUAAUAUUCACCAUUGGUUACAUAAUUCCUAUAUUUGGAAACCCCUACAACAUAUAUUAUAAAAUAUUAAUGAAUAACGCAGCAACUAGUGCAUUACGUUUGCACGAAAGAGUACCUCGUGUUCAGCUCACGAGACAAUUCUUGGAAACGUUGCUAAUGGAAGACUCGUGCCACUACCUAUUUUACUCUUUAAUAUUUUUAUAUGCGGCACCAGUCACACUGGUGCUUACACCAAUUUUUCUCUUUGCUCUGAUACAUUUGGCUAGCUAUUCUCUUAUAUUGUUAGACUUGAUAGGACAGAACAGUUGGUGGGGUGCUCGUCUCUUGAUAUCUCUGGUGGAAUUUCAAUCACGGAAUAUCCUUCGCCUGUGUGCUCUAUCAGAAAUCAUUAUCUUACCAUUUACAGUUCUUUUAGUAUUCACAGGACGUGCUGGUUUGCUGACUCCUUUCGUCUAUUAUCAAUUUUUGAAACUGCGUCUUGCAUCGCACAGAAAUCCAUUUACGCGUAAUGUAUUUUAUGAGCUCAGAAAUGGAUUGAGCACGAUGUCGAAGAAACCAGCCGUUCCAGAAAUCGUUCGAAAGAUGAUCGAGGGUUUGCUUUCUCUGACUCAACAAAUGGCGCCCGUGCGUCAAUAAUAUUUACGAUAUUAAAUUUUUCAAUUCUUAAAGACAGAUCUCCUAGGGUUCUAGGGUCCACUCAGCGACACAUAAGUUAAUGUUAGCGCAAAAUGAGUGCCGACAUCAAAAUUCAUGAUGAAUGUAUUAUAUAAUUUUGAAUAUUUGUGAAAAAACGAUCAAAGUAUGUGGAUGAUUUCUUUUAUUAAUAGUUAUGCUAAUUAUUGCUAAAUGUUAAAUAAGAAUGCGAUAAUUCGCACUAAUUAUUACCACAUAAAAUUUGUAAUGUGAAUUAACUUGACUGAAAAAUAGACUUGAUUCUAUUUUUCAGAACAAAUUUCAUAUUUAAGAACAAGAGUAACUAUGCACAUGUACUAAUUUGACUUUAAAUGUAAUUUUGAGCCAUUUGUAUUAAGUAGAUAAUGAUACGUAAUGCAGUUUGUAAUGUUACGUGUUCUGGGUUAUUUUUUCUUUUUGAUUGAUUUCGCACGGUUUUGCGGUAUUAGGGGAUGUGUAUAUUUUAUAUAUAUAUACAUAUAUUUAUUAUGUAAGUUAAAUUAUAUUUCCAAAUUAUAUGGAACAGUUAUCCCGUCAUCUCUUUCAGAUAUAAGCUCUGGAUAUAAGUUCAAUACUUGUCAUGUUUCAUCAAUUUAAUCUUCUAGUGUGACUUCGUCUAUCUUCUACUUGAUAUUUAAACAUUAAUCUGUUCAAAAGUAAUUUAGAAUGGUUUUAUAAAAAUGAAAAUAAUUAUCGGUAUAUUGUAGCAAACAUCUUGAAACAUGGUUAAUAAAUUUUUUUAAGUAAAAUAAAAA